AUGACCCUUACCACCCUGCUGUACCCCCCACACAACCCCAUUUACCACUACUGCCCCCGCUCCUCUGUUGCCCUGUGUCCCAGCCUCUACUGUGCUUUGGUGACCCGCCCCCUUGACGUGCACAAAGGGCCCGCCCACCACGCCUGCCCCACUGAUGCUGCCCAUCCCCUUGGUGUAUUACCACGCUACUUCCACCCUGAAUAUCUGCCCCGCUCCCUGCACAGCUCACACUAUUACCGCCACAUGCACCCCUGCCACUGUGCUGUGCCCCUCACACUGCCCGCCUUACCUCAGCUGCUGCCGCUCUGCGCCUACCCUGUGCACCUGGCCUCUGCCUGCACUCGGGGCCCGCCCACCACGCCCGCCCCACUGCUACUGCUGCAGAGCCGCUGCCUCCGGGGUAAAAAUAGCUCAAUCAGAAAUAGAAAUGAGACCUCUGUGCUAUUUAGCAACCAGGCCAACACGCUGCAGACAGAAAUAGAACGCCUGGCACCUGCCUUCCUAAGAAGAGAUCUAAACUCUGUCUACAGGUUACUGAGUACAUACCUAGCCUUUGUCACCACCCAAGAGGUGCUGGAUAUCCUAUUUGCAAGAGCACCAGCCCCAGAGCAAGAUCCUGAUCAACCUCAGGAACCUCUCCGAACACCCAUUCUGGCACCCGCUACAUCGUUGGAGCCUGAGUUGGUCCACCCCAUCCCUGCUGCCAUUGCUCGCCAGUCAAGAAGAGCAGUGACUUUACCUGCACUCUUGGGGCCAGUACAGGUGGUAGUCAGAGCUCUAAUUCAUGUUUCUGAGAUGGAAGAUCCAGCAGCCCCUUUGCCUGAAGUGGAGGUCCAGCAGUGUCCUGCCCCUGCUCCUGGUGUUCCUGAACGGUCUGAAUCAACUGCCUCAGCAGAGCAACAGCAGCCUCAUCCCCUGAGCAGCAGCUGGUGCAGGCUGCAGCCCGAAACAAUGCCUUCCCCUCCCCUGUCAUUGCCUUAUUUGUAAUACUUUUGUUUUAUAUACACCUGUAUAAUGACUUAAUAGAUUGUGUUCAUUAAAUAAAGUAGAAUUUGGGGUGCCUGGGUGGCUCAGUGCAUUAAAGCCUCUGCCUUCAGCUCA